AUGAAGCGCACUCUAGACGAAGGCAACUCCGCGGCCAAUAUUAACCAAAUGUCGCAAUCCCAAAAACCAGAGACGCAGGCCGUGCUGCCAUACAUCCAUGAGUUCGACGAAGUGCAGAAGCAGCUACUCGACAUAGACGAGGAGUGUGCGAAUCGUCAGAUUGAAAUUCAACGCGAGUAUGAUCGGAAGAAGCAGCCUCAUUUCAAAAGACGUCAGGCAUGUGUUAUCUAUGACUUAUUCAACGGUGUGCAGGAGAUCAUCAACAAAAUCCCCGGAUUCUGGGCGAGGGCCAUCCUACACCACCCUGCUCUCAGCUACCUCACUACCGCCGAUAUGCCCGUACUCGAACUGCUUGAGAAGGUGGAAUUGGAUGACAACAUCGAUAACAAUGGCUCCUAUAAGGUCACACUGACGUUCGGCGAGGGCGCACGCGAAUAUAUGGAACCGCUGGUGCUGACUAAGCACGUUCGGUUUUCCGAUAACAAGGAAGAUGUCGUGGAAUGCACGGAAAUUCAUUGGAGACCAGGCAUGAACCCCAUCGAUGUCGCAAUUAAAGCGCGAUCUGACGAACGCUGCAUCGAUUGGUCGCUGUUCGAAUGGUUCACCAAAGACGAAUGGAUAAAUAGGCCAGAUUUUGGUGAGAUUUUGCGCCGUGAGUUAUGGCACGCCCCGCUCGCGUACUACUUGGACACCGUAUCGGUAGACUUUGUCGACGACGAGUAUGACAUGCUCGAAGAAGACGACGACUGA